AUGUCCACCAACACCGAGACCAAUGGUGAGGACAUCAGUAGUGCCGAUGCCCAUUUCAUCAUUGAAUGCCUCAAGAAUCUCAACGAAUCUAAGCAGGAAGCCGCCGUCAUGGAGUCAGUGGAGAUACCCGUCAAGAAGGACAACGGAGACGUGAAGAUGGAGGAUGAUGAGGCUAUCAAAGCCGAAGAUUAA